UGCAGUUAAUCCGACAGGAUUGGUUUGAAGUCAGCGGAGUGGAGAAACAGGAGCGGAGAGGAAUGACGGAGUUCACUGUUCUAACUCCAGAAACACGGACUUUAGACGAUGUUAAUGUACAGACAGGAGUACUAAAAGGAUAAUAUAUAAGUGUUUAGACAUGAGAGACUAACUUUGGAGGUGAGUUUUUCGGGGAGACGCAGGAGUUGACGGGGCAGUCCGCCGAGGUCUCAACAUGGAUGUCCGGGGAGCAACGGUGCGGCUCUGAGGAGGAAUUAAGGCCGUUUCUGGGUUAUUUCUGUUCGCGAGUCUGGCGGAGCUGAGGAGGAUUUAAAAAUCAGCAGCCUAUUUACCAGCUUUAGAAUUCUAGUCUGAAUUGUUGCGGCUAUAAACUAAGAUGCUAAAGCUGAUGAGGCGAGACGUGCCGCUCUCAGAAAGGCUGGGGGAUGGCGCUCCUCUGGCCGCAGCGCCCGGCCCCCUGCCAACGGCAGCCCCAACGGGCCCCAACAUUUCAUGGCUCCCUGAAGCCCCACUGCUGAGCCCGGACCAGCCUAUCUUCCUCAUGACUCCCGCAGCGCAGGCUGUGUCUGGCUUCUUCGUCUGGACCGCACUCAUUCUCACCUGUCACCAGAUCUACAUGCACCUACGUUUCUACAGCUCGCCGGGGGAGCAGCGCCACAUCGUACGGAUCCUCUUCAUCGUUCCCAUCUACGCCUUCGACUCUUGGCUCAGCCUCCUCUUCUUCACCAACGACCAGUACUACGUGUACUUUGACACCGUCAGGGACUGCUAUGAGGCGUUUGUGAUUUACAACUUCCUGAGUCUGUGCUAUGAAUACCUGGGAGGAGAGAGCGCCAUCAUGGCUGAGAUCCGAGGAAAACCCAUCGAGUCCAGCUGUAUGUACGGUACCUGCUGUCUGAGGGGCAAGGCCUACUCCAUCGGCUUCCUGCGCUUCUGCAAGCAGGCCACUCUGCAGUUCUGCGUGGUCAAACCGCUCAUGGCCGCCGUCACCGUCAUCCUGCAGGCCUACGCCAAAUACAAGGACGGAGACUUCAAUGUUGCCGGCGGUUACCUGUACGUGACCAUCGUCAACAACAUCUCGGUUAGCUUGUCUCUGUACGCCCUCUUCCUCUUUUACUUCUCCACCAGGGAGCUGCUCAGCCCGUACAGCCCCAUGCUCAAGUUCCUCAUGGUCAAGUCCAUCAUCUUCCUGUCCUUCUGGCAGGGCGUGUUGCUGGCCGUCCUGGAGAAGUGCGGGGCCAUCCCCGAGAUCGACUCGGUGGAGGUGACGGUCGGCGAGGGCACGGUCGCCGCCGGUUAUCAGAACUUCAUCAUUUGCGUCGAGAUGUUCUUCGCGGCGCUGGCUCUGCGCCACGCUUUCACGUACAGAGUCUACAUGGACAAGAGUCUGGACUCCCAAGGACCUGUUCCUACAUACGGAGAGUUUGGCCGCUGUGCCCCUAUGAAGAGCAUCUCCAGCAGCCUGAAGGAGACCAUGAACCCGGGAGACAUGGUCCAGGACGCCAUCCACAACUUCUCCCCGGCCUAUCAGCAGUACACCCAGCAGUCCACGCUGGAGCAGGGGGCGCCGCCGCCCGUCUCCCGCACGCACAGCGCCGUCAGCGGCCGCGGCGACACGGAGAAGACCCUCCUGCUGAGCUCCGACGACGAAUUCUAGAGCCGAGACUGUUUUUAACGGCGGACGGUACUUUAUCCUCCCGUGCAGCCGGCCCCCUUCAGUGUGUGAACGGGUUAGAGAGGUGUGUAUUUGAAUGUUCCAGUUAUGGAGACCGAUCGUGGAUGCAAGGAUCUUCCUGCAUUACCGUCUUCACCCA